GGAAAAUCGAAGCCGACGUGGUUAGCCACUACCGACGGCAAGGAAACGGCGACGUAAUGGUUGCAAUUCAUACUGGACUUCUUCCCUCACAAAAUUCCCCUUUCUUUCCCCGCAGCCGCAGGGCGUAGUAACAAUGCCGGAAUUCGGAGCUUGAACCCUGACCCCGCCGUAUUCUUCCACUGAAUCACCAUAUCUGAAGAACAACCCGCCAUUAAUCCACAGAGAUAUGGAUUCUUACCAUCAGACUCACCAUUUCCCGGGGGCUCCGCCACCUCCGCCGCCUCCCUCCGCUGCCGAUCCCUACUACCACCACCACCACCAAUCGUCGUUGAGGCCACCAGUUCCUCCGCAGGGUCCAUGGUUCCACAACCAAUUUCAAUACCACCCUUCGCAUUCUGCGUCACCUUCUCCUCAUCCGCCUCCGUCGCAGUGGGGACCGCCGGCGCCUCAUUCCGAACAUGCUCCUCCUCCUCCUCCUCCUCCUCCCGGUGCUUAUCCUCCACCUCCUCAUCCUUAUCCUUCGCAGCCUAUGCACCACAACCAGUUUCCUCCUCCUCGUCCUCCUAUGUUUCAGCAACUCCCUCCUCAUUCGCAGGAAUGGAACAACCCGAAUUGGGCUCCGCAUCAAGGUUGGGAAUAUCGAGCCCAAGGCAAUGAAGAAGAUUGGGCGGCCAGAGCUAGGGCGUGGGCGGAUGCGAAGACUGCAAUGGACAGUCAGCAAUCUCAGUUUGCACCUACAGGGAGACUUGAAGAACAUAACUAUUAUCAGGAUCAGUACUCACAACCAAUUAAUUCAAAUCAUCCAGAUAUGUCUCAUCAACCUCCUCCUACAACCUAUGAACAGUAUACAGCUUCAGCAACAACUGUUUCCCGGCCAUCAGCAGCUCAUCACUUGGAGUCCAUACCUGUUACUAUUAGCAGUGAACAAUCUUCUUAUUUUUCAGAUGGGCGUCUAACUUACUCUGUCACUGAUGGUAGUUAUCGAGGCAACAUGAGCUCUGUUUUACAUCACCAAGGGAAAUUAUCUUCAAGUCCAUCGGUUCAUCAGCAGGAGGUACCUUCUAGUAACUAUUCUGUUACAGGUAAAGAAGAUACUGUAGAUCAAAAUAUACAGUCUUUCAAAUCACUACCUAUGCAAAAUUCAUCAGUUCAUGGUGGACAGCAGCAUUUCCAAUCACCUAUUCCUCCACCCUAUGCAUAUAGCAAUGAGCCAGGGCCAAUUGGUCCCAUGACCAAUCUUGCAGAUCAGCCUUUAGAUUUUGCUCCUAGGUUCAGUCACGAUCGUGGUCUAAGAAUGCAUUCUGGCUUUCCUCGCAAUGAUUCAGCCGGAUCCACUAGAGGCAAUGAUUCAGGCGUCCCAAUGCCGUCUUUAAAUUCAUGGUCUUCUAUUUCUCCUGGCAUGAUUUAUCCACCAAUUCCUCCUGCCUUGGCUUCUGGAGCACAGCUUGAUCCUCCUGUAGCUGUACCUUCUUCUGUUCCUGGACACACACCGCCCCCAUUUGGAAGGUUUGCUGGUUCUGGCAUCACCCCUGCAAUUCCUGCUGCCGCUGCUCCAUUUCCUGGUGCUGCACUUCCUGCCACACUUUUAUCUGGUGAUGCAUAUGGCAUGUCAACUAUGUCUGAACGUCCAAAAAAGGCUUCUGUGCCAAAUUGGCUCAGAGAGGAAAUCAAGAAAGCAGUGAUCACUAGUUCUUCUGCUGACCAUCCUAAGGAGGAUGCUGUUCUCAUGGAAGAUCAAGGAGUUGACAAGUCUUAUGCAAAGGGUGAUCAAGCUGAUAGUAAAAGUAUUGAUUCAUCUAGGUCGACUGAAGAAGAAGAUGAUGAGGAUGUUGUAGAAGGAGCAAGAACUGCAGCAACAAAUCAAGAAAUCAAGCGUGUGCUGACCGAAGUACUCUUAAAGGUUACUGAUGAGCUGUUUGAUGAAAUUGCUACAAAAGUUCUUGAUGAAGAUGAUCUCGCUGUUGAAGCCAAGCUUACUUCAAAUCAGAAUGUCUCUUCAUCUCCCUUUCCAGUCUCAACUCCCAAAGCUUCUGCCAAGGUUUUGUUGCCAGUCAAAGUUCAGGAACCUGAUAAUGACGAUACUAGUGAAAAGUCGAGUUCCAGCUCACCUGGAGAUGUACUUGGUCUUGGAAAUUAUGCUUCUGAUGAUGAAAAAAAUGAUGAUAGAGAUGGUGAAAUUCAGAGUUCAAAUAUGCAAGGUUCCAAGACAAUGUUCAAUAUUGAGCUAUCCAGUACAAAAAGAAAUUUGAGAGAUAUUCAAGAUGCAGUUGGAAAUGCUAGCACUCGAGGAAAUGUUAUAGAGCACAGUGGAAAUCAUGUAAUAAGUGACAUCAAUGAUGGUUCAACCAGUUCUGUCAAUGAAACGAGUAAAAGCACAGGCUUCAAUAAGCUGAAUGAUGAUUGGAUGGAUCGAGAAAUGGGUCAAGAACAUUCAUUGAAGCCAAGCUCUAAAGGUAAAGAUAAUGAGACAAAGUUUGGGGAUGGAAUUGCCUCUGGGAGAAGGGAUGUUUUAGGCAUGGUAUCUGAACAGCAAGGAAAGAAUGUGAAUGGUAAAAAUGUAUCUAAAGAUCCGCAUGAUGGGGAAACUAAAAUAAAACCGCUUGAUAGUGGUAAGCAGGAAAGUAUGAGGGGUUCUUCAUUGAAAGAUCGUGUCAAGGAAGAAGGGGAGGUAAAAACUAGAACAAAUGAGAAAGCAGAUGAGAAUCGUCUGAAGCAAGAUGGCAGGCGCCCGAGGAAGGAAGAGGCAGAUGAUCAGACUGUUCAAAAGGAAAAAUUGAAGGACCAAGGUGUUAAGUCUGGCGAGAAAGGUAAGGAUCCCGACUCGAGACAUAGGUCUACACAUCACAAUUCAAAGGAGGAAAGGAGAGAAGACAAGCUUAUGAGGGCCAGCACUAAAGAUGGAACCGACAGAAACAGGGUGUACACAAAAGACGACGAAGGCAGAACGAGACAGAAAAUCUCAAGUGAAUUGAGUAGGCACAAGAGCAGUAGAGACAGAAAUAAAGACAAGGCCGUCGAUCAUUCGACCAAUUCAAGUGAUGACUCGGAUGAUUCUAAAAGGAAGGUGAAAUCCAGGAAGCGUGACAAAUCCCCAUCUCCAAUCAGAUCUAGGAGAAGACAAGUAUCGCGGUCACCACAUAGCAAGCACUCUCAGCGCAGGCAUUCUCCCUUCUCUUCUCUUGAAACCACCAGGUAUGCCGCAAUGUCUCAUAGAUUAAGUUUGUGUUAUGUGUUCUCAGGACAUGUGCACACUCAUCCUCAUAACAGUAAGCUGCUCCAACGGAUGCUUCAGAUUCUUUGUAGAAGGGAAGGGAUAAACGAAGCAAUCUCAGUGGGCAUUAAAGUAUUAUUAGCUUCAGAAAACGACAGCCCUCACAUGGCCGGUGGCGUGCUCCCAUUGCGCAGUAUGAAGGCGAUUGAGGCGGGACUUUGGUCGAUUUGGCUCUCCGGAUUGGUAUUGAUUGCUCUCUCGUUAUACGCUACUCAAAGUUUGCCAUCCUUCAAGGAUCGUUUUGUGAAGCCCAAGCUUCGCUACAGAGUCUUCGGCGAUCGACGUAAUCCUUCGGUUUCCAUAUUCUCUGCGCCUCGCUCUUUCUCUGGUAAUAUUGGAGUUCGACAGAGCUUGGCUAUUCGGUCAUGGCUUGCUCUGUCCCCACAAAUUACAGUCGUUCUGUUCAGCCAAGACCUUUCCGUUGCCGCAUAUGCACGUUCUAUCAGUUCGCGGGUUUAUAUUGAUAGCGACAUUGAUUUUACAUUCCUUGGAACCCCAUAUUUCCAUUCAAUGAUGGCAAGAUCUCAGUCAUUUGCAUCAGACAUUUGUGCCUUUGUUCAUCCCGAAACUAUUCUUCUUCCUGAUUUUAUUUCCACUCUGAAUUAUGCUUACAAACUCGACCGUGAUUGGCUGCUGGUUGCUUCGUCCCGAAACAUCUCGUACAUACCAUUCUACUUUGAUGAGUCCAAGAGACAUUUCCCAACGGAGAAUAAAAAAUUGACGAGAUUACAGAAGGAGUUGCUCGAUGAGCAUUGGCGAUGGAGUCACUGUGGAGGGAAGGAAUUAUUGGCAUGGAACAACCAGGACAUUCCGUUGCACAGUGGAGUUCUUCCUCCUUUCCUGUAUGGAAGAGGGAUCCAUAACAAUUGGGUCAUCAAUGAAGCUGUGGCAUCUGAAUUCAGGUUUGUGUUUGAUGCUAGUUGGACCAUCAGCAGUUUCUAUCUCCAAGAUCCAGAGCAACCAUCUGAUAAUGAAGCAAGACGCUGGGAAUAUUCAGGCAACUACCUUCUUGGUUCACUAUAUGGAUCUUCAUUUCAUCCGGAUGCUACAUAUUCUAGUCUGGUGAAACUUCUCAAAUGUAAUGAGCAAUAUAUUCUGACCAACACAACAGAAAAUGCAACAUAUCUGCCAAAGAACCAGAGAAUGCUUAGUUUAUGGAACACGCAGCUGUUGCAUUUUGGGAAGAAGAAGAAGAAGAAGCCUACGGCUUGUGACCAUGGCUUUCGAUCACUGGAUAGACUACAUGAUUGCUCAUUGGAAAAAGGGGUAUCAUCUUCAGAAACUUUAGAGCUUCCAUUUUCCUUAGAGUUUCUCCUUCCCCUAAUUGCAGACAAGAAUAAGACAAUUGUACUGACAGUUGCUGGAUAUAGUUACAAGGACAUGUUAAUGAGCUGGGUUUGCAGAUUGCGCCACCUACAGAUACCAAAUUAUUUAGUUUGUGCCCUUGAUUCUGACACCUAUCAUUUCUCAGCCUUGCAGGGCUUGCCUGUCUAUAGAGAUCCAUUGGCUCCAACCAAUAUCAGUUUCAAUGACUGUCACUUUGGAACAGAGUGCUUUCAGAGGGUGACAAAAGUGAAGUCCAGAAUGGUUUUAAGAAUAUUGAAGCUGGGUUACAACGUACUUCUCAGUGACGUUGAUAUAUAUUGGUUUAAAAACCCUCUGCCUUUUCUUUACAGUUUUGGUUCUGGUGUUCUUGCUGCACAAUCUGAUGAAUACAAGAAGACAGGACCAAUUAACUUACCUAGACGCUUGAACUCUGGGUUCUAUUUUGCUCGUUCUGAUGAAUCAACAAUAGCUGCCAUGGAGAAGGUGGUGAAGCAUGCAGCAACUUCGGGCCAAUCGGAGCAGCCAAGCUUCUAUGAUACCCUUUGUGGGGAGGGAGGUACUAAUCGAAAGGGUAGUACUAAAUGCUUGGAGCCUGAAACGAAUUUAACUGUUCAUUUUUUGGAUAGAAACCUCUUCCCUAACGGUGCAUACCAAGAACUUUGGAAAAAGAAAAAUAUCAAAACAGCCUGCAGGAAGAAGGGCUGUUUUGUUCUCCACAAUAACUGGAUUAGUGGAAGACUAAAGAAACUAGAACGUCAAAUGUUUUCAGGCCUUUGGGAGUAUGACACGAGCACAAGGAUGUGCAAGCAUAACUUGCAAGGUAAAAUUUGGUGAAUUCCUUUAGUAGAGCGGAGGACUUGAAGAAACUACUUUCGGAUUGGAUGGCUUUUUGCCUUCCCUCCCACAGGCAUGAAUUUGGGAGAGAGAUACUAUUGGAAGGUAAACGUUGAGCUUGUGGCUAGACCAUUGUUUCCUAGAACAUGUUCUUCAGAUGAAUUUUUAAGGGUUCGAUCAAAUGCUCUUUCUGUUCGUUUAUUGAUGAAAGCUCAGCAUUCCAUGUGACCAUGAAUAUCAGUGAAACCAAUCAAGAAUAUCAAUGUUCCUGUCACUCUGUCAGCCACAGUCUGUCAUUCCUUCUGCUAACACUGAGAAACUGAAGUUAAGCAACACAGAGAACUUUUAAGCAGCUGAAGGAAACAAUAUGUUGGAUGAGAAGAUCACUGUUUAUGAGUUUGUGAAAUGAUAGUUGUAACAAUCCAAGCCCACAGCAGAUAUUGUCCUCUUUGAACUUUUCCUUUCAGGUUUUC